AUUACAAAUAUGCAGUGUGUUAAAGAAGAGUUUAAAGAGGAGAGUGAAGACAUCAGUAUUACAGAAUCAUGCAGAAUUAAACAUGAAGAUACUGAAGAACAAAGAGGGAAACGUACUGUACAUAUAAAUAUUAUCAGGACUGCAUAACCAUACCUGGAGAAGGAGCCACUGCGUAGUCAUGGUCUACUCCAGAUGUCACCUCAGGUAAGAUGUCCUCAUCUUGAGGUUGUCAAAAGAGAGAAUGGGAUAUGUAUUUUGACAAAUAUUAUCAAAUCAUUUAAAAUCAAUAUAAAAGUGUUCUUUAUCCAACACAGUGCAUUCAUAAUGCUUUUAAGUGCAUCUUAUAAUUGUUGCCAACAUAUAACACUGAUCUAAUUACUGCUUUACCUUUAAACAGUGCAAUGUGUUAAACUAUAUGAGAUGGCUGACAUUAAACCAUUUAAUAAAGUUUAAAGGGAAAUGUACUAGCAAAUCAGGACUGCAUAAACAUACCUGGAAGAAGAUCCAUUGCAUCUGCUCCACCAAUUGCCUCAGGCAUGGUGUCCUUAUCCUGAGGUUUGUCAAAAGAAAGUAUGGGACAAGUAUUGACACCGGAGCGAGCUCUCACCUUGCACACAGACUCUAAUUUUUCAGUAUCCUCUGCUCCCCAGUUGUUCCAAAUAAACCUGGAAGGGACGGCCCCAGUUCUAAGGCGCUUACGACCAGUGGACCCAGUAUAGUCAGCUUCGCUGAAGUGCCAGUGUUCUGUCGAAGUCUGUUUCCCCUUACGUUAGUGUUCCCCUUAGCGCCAUUAAACAUUAAACAUUGGAAAACAGACUUCGACACUAAGCUUAAGGAGAAACAUAGGGGGAACAGACUUCGACAGCACCGUUAAACAUUAAACAUUGUGGAAACAGACUUCGACACUAAGCUUAAGGGGAAACAUAGGGGGAACAGAUUUCAACAAAGUGGAAGCACGGGGGAACAGACUUCGACACAACACCGGCUAUACACAAAAGUGCUACCUCUGAGAACAUUCAACUUCGGAUCCUGUAUGCGUCGAAUCGCAUGAAUCCACUCCUUUAUCAUAUUACUGUCCCCUGUGAAUGUGUAAAAAUGUACAUAUGGGUGUCGUUUGUUUUUUACUAUUUGAGCAAUGAGGCACACUACGAUAACUUCUUGCUACUCCUUCCACCAUAGUUGUUUUGACCAGAAGCUGUGAUACCUUGCAAAAAAUACUUCUGUGUUCUAAAAUUCAGAGUGUGAAAAAGGUCCAUUGGGAAAAAUAAAAAAUAAAAACAUUAAAGAAGAAGACUGAUGUUUCUCAUGGGUGUAAUACUCAUCCCUGCCUCCAGAGGGUGAUAACCAGUGAGUUGUGUAGAAAUGUGAGAUAGAAGAAGAUGCACAAGCAAGUAUUGUUGUAUGUUCAUGCUGAUUUUGUCAAUCCAUCUAAAGUCCUGAUUGAGGAAAGUUAUUUUGUUCAACACUUAUCAACCCUGGAGCAACUCCAAGUGUUUCAACUGAACUCUUCUGACACACUAUUGCAAAAAUGAAGUCUGUUAAAGAAGAGUUUAAAGAGGAAAGUGAAGACAUCAGUAUUACAGAGUCAUCCAGAAAGAAACAUGAAGAUACUGAGGAACAAAGAGAUUUGAUAAAAGUGAAAGAAGAAAGUCAAGAACUGAAUGACGUGGAGGAGAAACAUCAUGAUCAUAAAUUCGAUAAUAUGACUGAUGAAGAUGAUUUCAGUGGCUCAAAGACUGAAAUGAAUUUCUCUCAGAAAAGAACUCGAAGAGCAAUAAUCAAAAAUUAUUUUACCUGCUCUCAAUGUGGAAAGAGUUUCACACUAAAAGGAAACCUUAAAACUCACUUAAGACUUCACUCUGGGGAGAAAACUUUGACUUGCCUUCAAUGUGGAAAGAUUUUUGCACAUAAAGUAAAUCUUAAGUGUCACAUGAGAAUUCACACUGGAGAAAAGCCUUUCACCUGCUCUCAGUGUGGAAAGAGUUUCACACAGAAAGGACCACUUGAUGUUCACAUGAAAAUCCACACUGGAGAGAAGCCUUUUACAUGCUCUCAGUGUGGAAAGAGUUUUGCACAUAAAGGAAGUCUUAAGCGUCACGUGAGAAUUCACACUGGGGAGAAGCCUUUCACCUGCUCUCAGUGUGGAAAGAGUUUCACACAGAAAGGACCACUUGAUGUUCACAUGAAAAUCCACACUGGAGAGAAGCCUUUUACAUGCCCUCAAUGUGGAAAGAGUUUUGCACAUAAAGGAAGUCUUCAGCGUCACAUCAGAAUUCACACUGGAGAAAAGCCUUUUACAUGUCUUCAAUGUGGAAAGAGUUUCACACAAGCAUGCAAUCUCAAACUUCAUCUGCGCUUUCAUUCUGGAUUAAAGCCAUUUAACUGUGAUCAGUGUGGCAAGAAAUUUACACGGCCAACACAUCUAAAGGGACACAUGACAACUCAUACUAAUGAGAAGACUUAUGUGUGUUCUUUUUGUGGAAAGAGUUUCGUUUCAUCAUCAAUCCUGAAAGCACACAUGAGAGUUCAUACUGGAGAGAAGCCAUACAAAUGCACUUCAUGUGGGAAUAGUUUCACCCAAUCAAGUAAUCUAAAGUUUCAUUUAAAAAAGGGCUGUCCAAAAUUGUCAUUGUGACCAAAGUUAAUUUCACUGUCAACACUUAGGUAUUUAAUGUAGCACAGAUUCAGUUUACUAGAUAUGAUUUAGUUUGAAGGUUAAAUAAUAAUAAUAUCAAAUAAAUAAAGAACCACAAAUGUUAGGAACAGAAGUAUGCCUAGGCAUACACUGCAAAAAUAUGUUUUCUAAAUUAGUUUUUUUUUUUUUUUUCUCCUUCCUGUAAAAAUAUCUAAACAUUCUUAAAACAGGAUAUAUUUACUAGGGAUGUGCUAGACUAGUUGACCAAUACCAAAAAAUCAGCAGUUACAGAAAUACUCAAACCAGCCCAUCUGGUACCAACAAUCAUCCAUGCGACUAUCUAAUGAGCAAAUCGUGUGGCAGCAGUGCAUAAAAUCAUGCAGAUACGAUUCAGGAGCUUCAGUUAAUGUUCACAUCCACCAUCAUAAUGGGGGAAAAAUGUGAUCUCAGUGGAGCGUGGCAUGAUUGUUGGUGCAGAUGGGCUGGUUUGAGUAUUUCUGUAACUGCUGAUCUCCUGGGAUUUUCACACACAGUCUCUAGAAUUUACUCAGAAUGUUGCCAAAAACAAAAAACAUCCAGUGAGGGGCAGUUCUGUGGAUGGAAAUGCCUUGUUGAUGAGAGAGGUCAACAGAGAAUGGCCAGACUGGUUCAAACUGACAAAGUCUACGAUAACUCAUAACCGCUCUGAACAAUUGUAGUGAGAAGAAUAUCAUCUCAGAAUGUUAUUUUGAGAUGCGGGUUGGCGUUGUUUUGGAGGCAUGAGGGGGACCUACACAAUAUUAGGCAGGUUGUUUUAAUGUUGUGGCUGAUCAGUGUGUAUAGUUGAAUCAUUUUCUAUGUGUUGUAGUUUGUGACCUGUGUGAUGUCUCAUGAUAUCCAGUAGAUGUUCGGAUUAGCCAGUUUGUCUGCUUCCUGACCUGGGCCCCAGUUAGUCAAAUACUUUCACUGUUAAGACUAUGAGCCAUAUUACUAGAGAGCAGAGCGCCACCUUCCCUGGAGGGAUGGAGGUCAGGUCUAUCCCAAAAACUCUUCCAAUUGUCUAUAAAUCCCAUGCUAUUUUCCAUACAUCACUCAAACUUCCAGCCUUUCUGUGACACUAAUCUACUAUAAACCUUGUUACCACGACGAGCAGAGAGGGUUUUUUUGCAAGUUCACACACCUCUUUAACAUUAUCUUUAGUGAUUUCCGACUGGCGAAGCCGGACAUCAUUAGUGCCGACAUGAAUAACAAUCUUAGAAAAUCUACGUUUAGCAUUAGCCAGCACUUGUAAAUUUGAUUUGAUGUCAGACACUCUGACACCCGAUAUGCAUUUAACACUAGUGGCGAGAGUCUCUAUUUCCAUGUUCCUUACAAUAGAGUAACCAAUAACUAGGGCACUUUCACAUGAUUCUCAGUGGGUGCAUCACUGAGUGGGGAGAAUCGAUUGGAAAUCCUAACAGGAAUGGGAGAGGGGUGUUGCUUUGCCCUAUGAGUAUACUGCCAAGACAUCACCCAAAGGGUUAUCUACAGCCGGAACCAAAGUGUGUGUGUUGCUUGUUGUACUACUCGCAUCCGAAACAGAAUCUAAUAAGCACCUAUUUAAAGUCAAAAAUGUUUUAAUUAGCAAUUUGUUUUUUACACAAAGGUAUCGAUUAACUUCAGAAGACAUUACUUAAUUGACUGGAGUCAUGUGUAUUACUUUGAUGCUGCCUAAAUAUGCUCUUUAGACCUUCAAAAAUUUGUGUCCAUUCACUUGCAUUGGAUAAAGCUAAAAGCAUCAGAAACUUUCCUAAAAAUCUUAAAUCCUGUUCUGAUUAAGAAAGAAGGUCAUAUACAUCUUGGAUGGCCUGAGGGUGAGUAAAUUAUCAGCAAAUUUUAAUUUUUGGGUGAACUAUUCCUUUAAAGGUGUCAUGAACUGAGAAAUCAAAAUUCCCUUGAUCUUUUGACAUAUAAGAGGUCAUUGUACUAUAAAAACAUCCUGUAAGUUUCAGAACUCAAAACUUUCUCGUUAGUCUAAAAACAGCUUAUAUUGAAGCCAAUCUGCCAAAAUGACUGGAUGUGGAAUGUGCCACUUUAUACGUAAUUAAUAACACCACCUCCGCAAAAGAUCAAAACCUGUUUAGACCCGCCCACCGAUUCACGCAUGUAGUAGGUAAAUAACAAGAGAGGCAAACGCAGGUCUACACAGAAACCAAAAGAUAAAGAUGGCUUCGAAGACAACAAGAUGCUGUGCAUUGCCAAGUUGUGGAAAAACAGUCUUUACAUUGCCUUCCUUCUGAUCCCAACAUUAGGAAAGAGUGGAUGAACUUUAUUUUUAAUGAAGUUCCAGACCUCAUCAAUAAGAACUUGGUCCUUUGUUCACUUCAUAAAACCGCGGAUUCAUUUACAAACAAGGCACAAUUCGACGCAGGAUUUUCAGAAAGAUUGAAACUAAAAGACGAUGCUGCGCUGACUAUAUUGGAUCCGACAGUAAUGUCGCACUACACAAGUGUGAGUAACUGUUUUUAUUACGUGGUCACUAUUGCUUUGUCUAUUAUUACAGAUCGUUUGAUAUGUACUGAGUAUUUAUGUGUUUUUAACCUAAAUCACAGCAGCGUCCAUCUAUGAAGGAUGUAGGCUGUCAAACAUACAUGCAGAAGUUUACAUCGGUAGGCACACAGCUGUCCUUUGGAACUCUGGGACCUAAUCAUAGAAGCAGAGUUUUUUUUAUAUAUGCAAAACUGUUAGCCAGUCAUACCAGUGGGCGUUUAAUUCUGAGUCUACAAUCCGCCACGCCUAUUCAAAUGGUGUCACGAUGAGGUGGGUCAAAACAGGACAGAAAAUAGCCUAUUACUUCUAAAUUGAUGUUUUUUUAUGUAAAAAUCUUGAUAACAUUAUAAGUGGACCUCAGAGAACAGUACAAAAUAAAAAAGGCAGUUCAUGACCCCUUUAAGGCAGGACCUUAAAUGGGCAGUUCAUGCUCAAAAACCCUCCAAUGUGGCUGAACUAAAGCAGUUCCGCAGAGAAGAGUGGGCCAAAGUUCCACCACAGCGUUGUGAGAGACUGUUCUCCAGU